AUUACAACGACAUCUUAACCGUCAUUAUUCGCCCAUACGGUUAUACAAAACAUUAAUAGUAUAAGAACAGUUCUUCGGCUUCCCUCGAUCAAAUCUACCCUUAUUUGAAGAAACCGCCACCGCGACCGUCCAAUCGCCACUCGACGUGUAACCUCCAACACAUAGAGGGCCAUUGCCGUUCAUGGCAGCAUUUGCCUUUCCGACAUCCCUCGUAGCGGAGAAUUCAGUGGCCAAACCAUUCGCAGACACAGACAUAACUCCCUCAGGUGCGUUUGCCGGAGGCGUAGGGCCAGGGAAAGCCGAAGAUGAGCAGGAAAGAGAAACGUUUGCUUGUACAUUUCCCCAAUGUUUCCAGAUCUACAGUCGUGUGGAAUACCUCAAGAGACAUCUAAGAAGACAUGAAAACGACAGACCCUUCCCGUGCAAAGAUUGCCGCAAGGCCUUUACUCGAAGCGAUGUUCUCCUACGUCAUCAUCGUCGCUGCCAUCCCAAUCCACCUUCUGCCGAUAUUUCAAGCAGUUCACCAGUAUCUAACAAUGCCCAAGGAAAUAUGCUUGCUUAUUCUUCUAGAAUAGAUGCCCGUGAGGCCUCACCAUCCCGUGAAGGCCCGCGUAAGCCUGGAAGACACAGAACGAGAAAAGAGGAAAGCGUCCUUGCUCAAUUUGAUCCCACUUUAAGGAAUGAUCUUGACGAUAAGGACAAGGGUAGGAACCAUUCUGGUGCUUGCCAUAGCGACGAUACCAUUGGCAAUUAUCCGAACUACUCUCCUCAACUCUUGCCAUCAAGCAGAGGAAAUCGAACCAAUCUCGCUCUAGACGAUUCAAAUCAACUUGAUGAAACUUCGGCUCUUCUUAAUAUGGCAUAUGCUACUGAUAUUGCCAGCAACAACGUACAGCCACGAGAGGGGAGUGGACUACCUUUAUGGGGAGAUGAUCCAGCCGUGAACCUCAUCAUGGCGGCUGCUGCUGGCGGCGAUAAUAAUUCGUCUAAUCAUGGCGGAUCCGAUCCAUCCACUGUUGGAGCUCAACCUCAUUCUAUUGCUUUCACUUCUGGAAACUCUCGUGCAUCGAUUUCCAGCCUUAUCGGUUCUGAAUCAGAGUUAUCGGGCCAAGGGAAUGUCGACUCGACGUUGCCAAAUUUCGGAGGUUUUGAUUCUACCGUCUGGUCAUCGGGAAUAGAAACACAAGGGGGGACAAACGUGGCGGAUGGCGGGUCUGAUAGUUUUAGCUGGACUAUGAUUCAAUCACCCAAGAGCACCCCUCCCCCAGCGACAUCUCAUCACUUACCUUCUAUCACUUACAGUCUGCCAAGUCAUUCGUCUAAUUCUAGUACAAAAUCAAGGUCUCAAAGAAAUGUUCAUUAUCAAAGUCCACAAUGGCAACCGCAAGAUGUUCUUCAAAUCCUCGACCAGAUUGCAAUGUAUGAUGUCCCACAGACAGCCGCUAACCCUAAUCCCGAACGGCCCCUUCUUCGCGUUGCCCACACUGAACUUGCACACCGAGUAGGCAAUGGAAUUGAUCCCAGGAGUCGAUUUUACCUUCCGACCGAUAGGUUCAACGGAGGCUACCAAAUUCCCCAUUGGACGCUUCCACCCCUUCGAACGCUCUCUUUAAUGGCCUGCCGUACGUUCCAUACCGUCCUCAACCACUUCUCGAUUGUCCAUCUUCCGACGUUCCGGCUUAUUGACACCACCCCUUGUUUGGCAUUCGCCAUCUGCACCGUCGGUGGUAUCCGAACGGGAAAGUCUUCUAUUCAUAACCAUCAUCUAUGGGAACCCCCCACAAACAAUGGUCAACCUGAUCCAAGAAAAGUAACGUCUCUUGAUGGGCCAGUCGUACCUGAUCAAAGUUGGGAAAGUCUGUACGAGAAGAAUUGGUAUCACGAAAACGGAUCUGUCCGGGUUAAUGAAGUCCCAAGCUGGAAAAACGCGCCGACUGUGAGGAACGAGAAGAUUCAUAUGCUUGUCAAAUCAUUCUACCUUGCAAGGGGAGUGUCGAUGACAGAGUUUAAUGUGACGUUGCUUCAGGCUUUGAUCUUGUAUCAUACCCCUAAUUUUUUGAGUGAAGAUGAAAGGGAACGAGCGUCGUCCAACAUGUUUACGGGUACAAUUGUCAACGUGUCCCGUCGAAUUGGAUUUUUCGCUCCGGAAAACGAUCACUUCACUCCAAUCAUACGUCUUCCAGAUGAACCCUACACACCUAACGAGCUCGGAAGAUGUUGGAGAGAAUGGAUUCAGCUCGAGAGCAUUCGCCGAACCGCUUAUUUAGUCUACGAGCUUGACACUAUCUCAGCCCUCGAGGCAAAUAUUCCAUGCCUCUUAUCUCCCUAUGAGCUCGCACAUAUUCCUCUACCUGCUCCUGACACGCUGUGGAAGGCACCGGAUGCGGAAACUUGGCUAGAAAGCGUGAAGGGCUUUAGACCAAUGACGCUAGACGAGGCUAUGCGCCGGACUUUCUGUCUUCCUGCCUCCGGCAAAUUCGACCAGAUGCACGAAAAAUCUGAUAAGGAAGCCUUUCAGCUCCUCCGCGGAAGUAAUUACGGUCCAUUUGCUCGUAUUACGUUGAUUAUCACCCUUCUCCGAGGUAUCAUCGAUAUUGGUGAAGGUAAACGUGAUCGAGGGGAUUGGAGAGAUUUGACGGACCUGUGGGUAAGAGAUACCUUUUUUAGACCUGGGAAGAUGAUGUUGGAUCAAGACGGUAUAAACAUGGGGUUAAUAACGAUGAAACGUUUGAAAGACAUGUUCAGGUUGGCCCUGCAAACAUGGAGAGAAGGUUGGGAUUACGAUAGUCUUUGCGUCCCUGCGGCGAUGACGCCUUUGAACAACAGGAGCAUGAUGAGUCAUUCAGAAAGCAGCUGGUCGGAAGGGUCGCUGGAUACUAUUGAGGAAGAAGAGAUGCCCAAGAAGACAGUGAACUAUUGCGAAGAUGCUCUUCCUCUCUAUUGGCUUGCACAAACUCUUCAGAAUCUUCUCGAUUCCAACUCAAGUCAAUCCGCCGGUACAAACAUCUUCAGCAGCUUGCGUUAUAACGAUAUGCUUAAAGCAGCUCGUAGAUUCGCACGAACUGGUGAGGGCUUGCCGAUUGGUGCAAGCAAUUCCUCUAGCUCCUUUAGAAUUAGAAGAGACGAUACAAACCGCCCGGUCGGGCAUACGAAAAUCGAGGCUACUCAUGAUAUCCCCAAAACUCAUCCCAUGUCUCAUCGCAGUACCGCCAGUCUGCCUAUAGGCUCUUACCCUGUUGACAGGAUUAGCGGGUCGGCUCAUAUGAAUGAUGGAUCGUUUGGAGGGUUCAUGCACAUGACAGGGUUAGGUUCGGAAGAGAUAGGGAUGCCCGUUGGGCUGCAGACGAGUGGCUAUGGAUUUGGAUUCAAUUCAGCAUCUGCUGAUGGGUCGAGUUCUGGUGAUGUGCGGUUGGUAUGAGGUGGCAUUGUUAGUGGCAAUGCAGGAAAGGCGAGUACGCGGAUGGCAGACAAUGUAUCUGGCGAAAUAAUCUAUGUUCAUGAAUGUUGGACAGCAGCAUGGACUGGACGAGACGGUGCGCUGAAAAAAGUCUUUAACUUCUCCAGAGAUUUGUAAAUUAGGAGGAACAUCGAUUACGUAUAUUACACUAAUUGUAAAGACAUUUUUGAUACCAUUAUUGAUAUUGAGGGCUGAUGAUCAAUAAGUCAUCCAGUUAAUAAUCCACCUGCCUGGAUCCACUUGCGUUGCUGAACGAAUAAAGCGUCUGGUUUAUAUCCAUUGAGCCUUUGCCACCAUUAAUUAAUUGGCCUUUCCAAAUGGAGCACAUAAACGUGUAUAUCCUGGUAACCUCCAUCAGCCACAAGCGGCCCAUCCAGAAACUACGUGAGACCUAUGGUUGAUUCCGUAUAACUAACGCAAUCCUCGCUAUGAAUCUAUAUGUUUUAUAGUCUAGAUUUUAUAAGAAUCUAGUUUAGGAGGAACUCUUGGCAGUCACAUCUCGUGGCAACAAAAGUGUAAAAAAGUGGAGAAAUAUAGUGGAGGUCGGUGGAGGAUGGUGGAGGAAUAUAGUGGAAGUGGAGGGAGGACGUUCGUUGAGUGACUCAGAGUUCAUAAUCAUGUUAACAAUCUUUUGGUCCUUGGUUCUGAGUAUACCACCUGACUUAUCGGAUAGCUACUACUAUGAGGCUAUGGCCGCAAGCAGCCGAACUGCCAGUAGGUCGACUGAUAUAAGUGGAGUGAGUGCAGGUGGUGCUGGGAAGAAGAGUGGACAACGAAGGGGAAUCGAGUUCGAUUGCGUUCACGAAGAUGGUGACAUACAGAGCAGACAAGCACGAGAAGUUUGAAGGUGGGUGUUGCGUGCUGAUGAUGUACGUAGUUUGCCUUGUGGUUUUGUUGAAUAACUUAAAUCGGGCCUGCUGGUAGUAUCGUUGUUCUUGCAGUGGCUAGAGCCAAUACAAGAUACCUCUUGCCUGGAGUGACUACAGACAUUUACGUACACGAGGUGAUGUUCUUCGUUACCUUCAUCAAUUUUUAGUAAAUGUUAAGGAGCCUUAGAGAUACCAUCCAAUUUUAGCUUUUAUUAUUAUUAAUUCAACGGUUGAGCUCACGCAUCUCACCUUACUCACCCACGGCUGAAUAACCAAAGAUGAAUUGAAGUUUUGUUAGACGACAGAGGUAGAUGACGUUUAAGAGCCAAGAUUCAAGGCUAAGCAAUGUCAAGUUGAGCCGAGUAGUACUAGUAGUGUUUGUGUACCAACGAAGGAGAGCUUGCCUGAAUCCUCUCUAGCAUUUCUUAUUAGAAUUUAAUAAUCGAC